GCUCCCGGGCGCGGGGCGAUGCGCGGGCGGGACCCGGGUGUCGGGGUGGGGCCUGUGGAGGGCACGGGGCGCGGGGCGCGGCCCCGAGGUCCGGAAGACGACGGGCUCCCGGGUCCAGCCUUCUGCCCGCCAUGGAUGAAGCGGACCGGCAGCUCCUGCGGCGGAGCCGGGUGCGCCUGGUGGGCGAGCUGCAGGUGGCCCCGCUCUGGGACGCUCUGCUGAAUCGCGAGCUCUUCACGCCCGACAUGAUCGAGGACAUCCAGCGGGCAGGCUCUGGAUCUCGCCGGGACCAGGCCAGGCAGCUGAUCACAGAUCUCGAGAGCCGAGGGAGGCAGGCCCUUCCUUUGUUCAUCUCCUGCUUAGAGGACACGGGCCAGGACACAUUGGCUUCAUUCCUGCGAACAAGUCGACAAGCGGUUAAGCGAGAUCCUGAGGCCAUCAGAUCCCUGGACCUUGUGCCAGAGGAGCUGCAUGCGAUGAAGCUGGACCCAGCGAAGCCAGCCCCAGGAAACCUCACCCCAGUGGUGCUGGGGCCCAAGGAGCUCCAGCCAGCUGCGCUCAGUCCAGAAACGCCCAGGCCAGUGGACAUUGGUUCUGGAGGAUUCAGUGAGGCCUGUGCUCAGGACAGGUUGAGGGGAAACGUAGAUUUGGCCUACGUGCUGAGCGCCGAGCCCUGCGGCCACUGCCUCAUCAUCAACAACGUGAGCUUCUCCCCCGCGUCGGGGCUCGGCGCCCGCUCAGGCUCCAACGUGGACUGUGAGAAGAUGCAGCGCCGCUUCCGCUCGCUGCAUUUCAACGUGGAGGUGAAGUGCGACCUGACCGCCAAGGCCAUGGUCCAGGCUUUGGUGCAGCUGGCCCGGCGGGACCACCGUGCCCUGGACUGCUGCGCGGUGGUCAUCCUCUCUCACGGCUGCCAGGCCAGCCACUACCAGUUCCCGGGCGCUGUCUAUGGCACAGACGGACGCUCUGUGUCCGUCGAGAGAAUCGUGAGCAUCUUCAACGGGACCGGCUGCCCCAGCCUGGGGGGGAAGCCCAAGCUCUUUUUCAUCCAGGCCUGCGGUGGGGAGCAGAAAGACCACGGGUUUAUGGUGGCCCACCCUUCUGGAGACAGGGUCUCUGGCAGCAACCCUGAGCCAGACGCCGUCCCGUUCCGGGAAGGCCCAAGGACGUCUGACCAGCUGGACGCGGUGUCGAGUUUGCCCACACCCAGUGACAUCCUUGUGUCCUACUCGACCUUCCCAGGCUUCGUCUCCUGGAGGGACACCUCCAGCGGCUCCUGGUACAUCGAGACCCUGGAUGGCGUGCUCGAGCGCUGGGCUCACUCUGAAGACCUGCAGUCCCUGCUGCUCAGGGUUGCUAACUCUGUUUCGGAGAGAGGAAUUUACAAACAGAUUCCUGGUUGUUUUAAUUUCCUCCGGAAAAAACUUUUCUUUAAGACCUAAAGGGGCUGGGGCCCUGACCCUGCCUCUCGCCACCCAAGACCUGCUGCUGCAUCCUGGAGGCAGUGAGGCCUGGCCUCCUGGGUCGAGGAUUCUGCCUCCUGUGGGGGGCCUGCUCCUUCCCUCGGGCAGCAGCCAGGCCCCCAGCAGCUUGCAGCCUGGAGACGGAGGCCAGCAGAGACGGAGGCCAGCAGAGACGGAGGCCAGCAGUGGAAGAGGAGGCAGAAGGUCGUGGAUCCACGUGACUCUUCAUCAGCGGCCAGCCUGGAUUAGUGACGGGGCCUGCGACCCCACGUCCUCUGGCCGUUUGUGGGCCGUCCGCCUUCGCCUUCGCCGGGGGCCUUCCCGAUGCUUGUCUGUGUUUUGCCCCAGCCCAGGCCCCCCCUCCAGAUACAGUGGCAUCUCUCCCUGCGUCCUGAGUCAUGCCAACCAAAAAUAUCUUCAGACAGUGCCAGAUGUGCCCUGGGGACAGAACCACCCACGCUUGAGAGUCACCCAUCUGCAGGGAUUUGGGGCUACAAACAAACCAGCAUCUCCCUUAGAUCAACAAGCUCGGGCUGCUAGACUCUGGGCAGCUGGGACCUGCGUGCAGAGUGGAAUUUCAGAAAUGGCUCACUCUCUCUCUGCAUCAUCUAGUCUUAACAACUAACCCUCAGGCGAACGUGGGCUCUCUGGCCUGUCCCCCCUCGCUGUGCUCUGGCGCUUUUUUCUUCCUUAUAGACUCUGCUUUGGGGGACAUUUCCCUGGGUCUUAUUUCACUCGAUCCCCACUCCAUCCCAGGAGGUGGGGGGAGACUUGUCCAGAGGAACACGUUCACCAGUGGAGAUGUCUGGCUAGAGCCAGGUCUUCCGAGUCCCCGCCCUGCCGCCCAUGUGCCUUCUUUGCCGAAGGACCCCACCCCAGGUGCAGAUGGCCGUGCUGUGCCCUGGGGCAGUGCUGGGCUUGCCCAGAGCCCACCCUGGCCCUGCGGCCUCAGUGGUCCUGACCUUUGCUGCUCCCUGUUUUCAGGGUCGUGCAGGUUUGGAUGGUUUGCUAGUAAGUCUCACCAAGAUGCGAUUCGUGUAAUUGCCACUUUAUUAUUAUUUGGCUUCUGCCAUCUUUCCAGUUCUGAUGUCCAGAGGCUUCUUUGGUUAGUUAUUUGCAAUGACCUGCAGGACACACACAAGAAAAUAAGCAAGUGACCCACCAGCAGAGUGGCACCUCUGCCUGUCCCUCCAGGCCACACGAGGCUCAUGCAGGUCACAAGUGGCCCGAACCACAGUAUCCCCUGCCUGAGGAAUUCUGAUGACAUUUCCUGUUUUUUUGGUGCUGGGGACUGACCCAGGACCUCUCUACUGGGGUACACCUCCAGCCCUGAACCCUUUAAUCUGCCCGUGCAGGACCCACUGACACUCUGGGUCUCUGCGGCCCAGGUCCUCGGGCUGGCGUGCAGGACGUCUGUGCAGGACGCUCCCACAGCAGCAUGCGAGUGAGAAAGGGAAGCCAGUUACCGCUCAGAGGGGUGACGUGGGUCUGUGUACCGCGGAGCAAGCUGUGAGGGAUCAAGUGGGGAGCUGGGAGUCGGGCCCCGUCUUUGGCGGGAAGGCAGCGUGCGCCCUGUACGCCUGUACGUGUGCAGCCCAGGGCGCAAGCUGCGCUCUUGGCAGCCCUGACCUGCAGUGCAGCCAUGGGAAGCGAGGGGCCUUCACCUUUUCUACUUGAUGCACUCCUGUAUUCUUUUAGUAUUUUUAUAAAGAAAUGUUUUGCCUUCUGAACAAGAAAAUAAAGCUAGCGACAGCUGAA